AAAAAGAUCAAACGAGAAGAAGACAAAGUCAAAGAAGACAGACAGAAGAAGCAACUCAGCUGUUUCUCUCCUCGAGCACUCUCUCUAAUUGUAACUCUGAGAGAGUUGAGCUAAAAAAAUCUUAUCUCUUCCCGGAUCCACAACAAUUGUUAGGUAUUUACUUUCUUUUCUCUCCAAUAUUCGAUCCCACUUUGAACUUCAGUAUACUCCUCUUGUCUCCUCGAUCAAGUACACACUAUUAUUAGAUUCCAGCAUUCUUUUUGGGAAAGCUUUUGCUCAAACACUGUGGUUCUAGAUCCUGUGCUUCUAUCUAAAAGUCAAACCCUUUGAGUCUUUUGUCUUCCCCCUCACUGUCCAUGUUUCUUAGAUUAUUCUCCAAAACAAUGGAAGAAGACAAAUCAAACUCCAGCAGGAACAGAACACCACCUCUUAAACAGAUCCGAACAGACAUGGGUUCCUUAUACUCAGAAGAUCUUACUUCCUACAAGUCUGCCUGUAAAGAAGACCCAGAUUUACAAUCCUUCGACUCCUCCCUUCAUCAACGCACCAACAGAGUCAUCAACUCCCUCGCCUCCGGUGCUGAAUCUCGUUCUUUAUCUUGUGAAGCCCUCAUCGAAGUAUCCGGUUGUCUCCUCGAAAUGAACCAAGAAGUCGUCAAGUUCAUCAUCGAAAGCAGAGAAGAUGUUUGGGACAACAAAGACUUGACUUGUUUGGUAAACGCUUACUUCGACAGCAGCAUCAAGACCUUAGACUUCUGCAAUGCUGUCGACAACUGCGUCAAACGAGCCAGGAUAGGUCAAAUGAUCAUUCAGUUUGCUGUCAAGCAGUUCGAGAUUGAGUCUAAAGUGAAAACACCCGUGGAGCCUGGUGGUACUAACAAGUACGCAAAGACUUUGGAAGAGCUUAACAAGUUUAAAGCUUCAGGUGAUCCAUUUGAUGGAGACUUCUUCAUGCUCUUUGAGUCUGUUUACGAGCAGCAGGUUAUGCUUCUUGAGAUACUCCACAAGCAAAAGAGGAAGCUUGACAAGAAGCUCAAGAACAUUAAGCAUUGGAAGAAGAUAUCUAACGUGGUCUUCGUUACCGCGUUUGUCUCUGUUUUGAUCUUCUCUGUGGUCGCAGCAGCUAUAGCAGCGCCACCGGUUGUGACUGCGGUUGCAGCUGCGUUGGCGGUUCCACUAGGUUCUGUAGGGAAAUGGUGUAGUCAUCUUUGGAAGAAGUAUGAAACUGCUGUGAGAAGACAGAAAGAUCUUGUUCUGUCGAUGAAGGUUGGUGUUCAUAUCACAAUCAAAGACAUGGAGAACAUCAGAGUCCAUGUAGAUAAGUUGAAGAUUGAGAUGGAAUCUAUGAUGCAAAGAGUUGAUUUUGCAAUCAAGGAGGAGGAAGAAGUAGUGGCUGUGAGGCUUGCGAUGGAAGAGAUCAGCAAGAGGUUUGAUGUUUUCACAGAGAGAUUAGAGGAAGUGGGUGAAAAUGCGGCUAAGUGUAGCAAAGACAUCACAUUGGCGAGAACAAUUGUUUUGAGACAUAUUCUAAGUUUCCCCACUAGUUCAGAGUCAGAGCAAGGCAACUUGAUUGAAGCUAUCACAUUGUGAGGGAUAGAUUGUAUAAAUAAACCAAUGGUUUUGGGAAGAGGUAUGUCACAUAUAUAGCUUAUACGUAGCUGUGUGCCAGCUCUUGUGUGCAUAUGUAAUGUAUCUGUUAAGGAGGUGGCUCCACAGCAUAAUGUAAACACACAAUUGAAAAUAAAAUCCAGAGUCGAUAUUUGAUGAUUACUGAUACAUAAGAGUUGUGGAAAGAAUGUAUAUACUUAGUUAAGACAGUAAAUUGUACACUAGGCCUGGCGAGUCGCUUAUGACGUUGGAAGCUUAGCUUGAUGCGUGUAUAAUCAUCAACAUUAGCUGACCAAUGAUGCUAUUCUCGUAAAAUGACGAUCUAAUCUCAGUUUAUCAUUCUCUGAUACGAGAAACUGCUCAAUUAAAUUACUCAAACUCGCAAAUAGCGUGGAUUG